AUGAUUAAAAAUGGAAUUACUGAUUUCCUUUUUUUCAGUAAAAAUUAUAAAGCAAAUAAAGUACUUAUAGAAUACAGUGAUAAAUUUGUUAUGCUUUCCAUAAAAAAGGGAUUUGCAAAUAUAACAAAGAAAGAAGUUUAUUAUAAUUGCGCAAAAGUUGUCAUUUGUUACAAUUCAAUUUUUCAUAAAAAAGAUGAGAGUAAAAUUCCUUUUUUUAAUACAAAUAAAUUGUGUUCAAAUGUUAGAGAAAAUCUAAUAGAAAGAAAAAAAACAGAAAUUUGUUUUGAAGAAAUUAUAAAAAUUUUAAAAUCUUUAAAAAAUAAAAAUUUUAUCUAUAAGGAGAAAAAUAUGGAAAAAAAGAUUAAUUUUCUUUUGCCUUAUAUAUAUGAAGAAUGUAAAAGAAAUUAUGUUCACUUUUCAUGCAUCUUGCAUAAUUUUCAUAAAUUAAAAAAUAAUUUUACAAAAGAAUACAAAAUAAAGACAUACAAUGAAUUUAAUAAAAUAUUUCUCUAUAAUAUUAAUCUUUUUAGUUUAAAAGAAUUAACUAUCAUAUUGAAAUGUUUAUUAGAAGAAAAUCACAUGAACAUGAAUAAUAUUAUUCAUUUUUGUAUUUAUAAAUUUAUCUAUUACUUAAGUAUAGAUGUUUUAUAUAAAAAAGAUCAAGUAUUCUAUUCUAUCUUUUUUUCUAUUUUAAAUGAUAAUUUUAAGGAACAUUUACAAAAAUUUUUUUCCUUAAAUAUAAAUACUAUAAACACUGAUUCUAACAUAAAUUACUUUUAUGAUGUAAUAUAUAAUUUAAAUAAUUAUGAUAAAAAAGUCAAAAUAAAUUAUUUCAAAAAUAAAUUAUCAAAACACGUAAAUAACUUUUUUAAUUUACAUGAUGUAUCAUCAUUCAUGUCUUUAUUAAAAAAUCAUAAUUUAAAAUUUUUGUCAUUUUAUGCAUUUUUAUCACAUUUAUUUUUAUCAUCCCGUUAUUUUGAUAUGCCAAACCAUUUUCAGGAACAUUUAGAACAAAAUUUUUUAAGUUAUGAAAGAAAUGGAAAUUUUGUUUUUUCUCAAAGAAAAUCAUGCAAUGAAUCCAAAAAAGAGACCAUAAAUGAACAAACAGAUAAAAAAUUGUUUGAUAAAAAAAUAGAUAAAGUAGUAAAAGAGGAUAAAAUAUAUGAAAUAGAAAAUAGUAAAGUAAUAAAAGGUGAGAUAAUUAAUUACUGUACAUAUCUAAGCAAAAAGGGGAGUAUUAUUUUUCCUUCAAUAAGAGAAAAGGAAAAAUUAAAUAUUAAAGAAAAUAUUCUUCACAGCAUUUCUGUCAUAAUUUUUAUAAGCAUUAAAAGCAAGCUUAAAAAUAAAUUUAUAUAUAUACUGGCGAAUCAUUUAUUAUUAAAUUAUAUAAAUUAUAUAAAUUUAAUUGAUAUAUGCAAUAUAUUUGAUUUAUUUAUAUACGACGCUAAAAAUUAUGAUAAACAAUUAACUAUUUUUAAUAAAAUGAAAAAUUUAAUUUUAAAAGAAACUGAUAUAAAAACUUUUGCCAUAUUCUGUAUAAGUAUAAUGAGAAUAAAAAAAGAAUUAAAUAAUUAUUUUAACGAUAGUAUUAUUUCCAUAUAUAAAGUGAUUCUAAAUAAAAAAAGUAAUAAAAAUAAGUUUAUUAGGGAAAAUGUAGUAAUUUUUGCUAAUAUUUCAAAUUUUUUAUCAGACAAAAAAAUUAGUGCAUUAUUUUAUUUAUGUUAUAUAAAUAAGUUUAAUAAUUUUUUAAAUUUUCUAAUUGUUCAAAACAGAACUAACAAUUGUAAUUUAUUUAUGAAUAUAAUUGAUAUUUAUGAUAUACUUAAAGCAUUUACAAUAAAUAUUAAAAUUUAUGAAAGUAAUGAUUUUUCCUUAAAAAAAAAAAUAAACCCUUAUUUAAAUUCCUUAUUUAUUUAUAUGCUAAAAUUUUUAGAAGAUAUGUGUUUCAAAAAAAUUACUUUACAUGAAGAUAAAUUUUUUUAUUUUUUACAUCCUAAUUUAAACGAUGUUAAUAAAUUAAAAGUUUUGAACAAAAUAUGUUAUUAUUUGAAUUUGUUAUUUCCUCUAGUUAAAAUUUUGAGAACACGAAAUAUAAUUAAUAGUACAACUUUACAAUUGUUUUCAAAUGUUUUAUGCUCUUUUAAAAAUAGUAUAUAUAAAAAUUAUGAAAUUACUCUUUUUAAUAAUAGUAAUAAUAAAAAUUACAUAAAUAUUUUAAGUUUUAUAUUUAUGAUUAAUGGCCAUAAUGAAUGCUCUUAA